AUGGCAGACCAUCUUAAACGCCAGAAACGCAAGAAACUUCUUCUAUAUAUUGUUGCGUUUAUCGUGUUUCAAUCCAUUGUUAUAGCGAUCUUUGCACUCACAGUCCUGAAAGUGAAACGCCCCAAGUUUCGCGUGGCUGCUGCCUCAUUUGAGACAUAUAAUGUCUCGGCAUCGUCAUUGGAAAUGAAAAUGAAUGCUCGACUUGGUGUCAAGAACACGAAUUUCGGUCCCUACAAAUUCGACAACAGUACCAUUACCUUCUUCUACAAGGGUACACAAGUGGGGAGUGCUUCUGUUCCCAAGUCAACGGCUAAAUUUCAAUCCACCAAGAGGUUCAAUGUUACUAUAAACCUAUCAUCAACCAGUUCAGACUUGGCAACUGAUUACGGUUCUGGGAUUUUGCAGCUGAGCAGCUCAUCAAGAUUGACAGGAAAGGUGGAGCUAAUGCUGGUGAUGAAGAAGAAGAAAGCUACCAAUAUGAAUUGCACCAUGGACUUUCAUAUCCAAAGCGGGCAGCUCCAGAAUCUGAAUUGCAAAUGA